AUGUCUGACGUGCGCUUUUCCAUAGAAAUAAUAAAACCUAUGAAAUAUUCAGCCUUCUUGGUGUUGUUUCUCUCACUCUCUCCUCUCUGUGCUACUUUAUUUCUUUUAAGGAUGAAAAUAAGACAAGUGUUCCCCACAAGAAUGAGACUCAUCUCAAGAGUGUGUCAUGGUUAUGGGGGAAGUCGCUGGAUCUUUGCCCCCGUACUGAAGAUGCUCUUCACUGUGCAAGUUUCUGCCUCAAGGCUUCUGGCCGAGCAAUCCGACUGCUGGUUUAUCUUGCUCUGGCACACACCCUCUCACUGGGGAAGUGUCACUCUGCCCCCUUCUCCCUCCACCUCCUCAUUUCUGCUGACUCUCUGCUCACCCUCUCCUCUCCUCUCCCCCUCUCAUCUCCUCGCCUCACCCCUCUCUGGAUGCCAGCAGCUUCUAGUCAUGGAGCAGACGACAGUCACACACCAACCAGAACUGUCAGCCACUGAAGCCUCAGCAAUUCGAGAGAAGGAAAUGGGGGGCUUCACCACAGCAAGUGAAGGCAACUGGAGGUCAGACAACUCACCUGCAGUGACAGACCCGAUACUCACACAGCCCGGGCUCGGCGUCACCACGACAACCAUCACCACCAUCACGCAGACAGGAGGAGACUGGAGCACCGGCCUGUUUGACAUCUGCGGAGACAAGACUACAUGUAUUCUCGGGGCUCUGGUGCCGUGCUGUUUAGACCUGAGUUUAGCUCACCAGUACGGUGAGUGUCUGUGCAUGCCUCUCUUACCAGGAUCCACUUUUGCCAUACGAGUCGGGAUCAGAGAGCGGUACAAGAUACAGGGAAGUGUGUGUGAGGACUGGACCACAGUGUAUUGCUGUUACCCCCUGGCUGUAUGUCAGAUGAUAAGAGAGAUGAAGCGGAGGAUGAAGACUCAGACCUAUCAUGUGUCCACUGCCCUCGAGUGCUCGUGAGGAAACCCUAGACAGUCGAUGAGGGUUUUUCCUUAUUACUAUGCAGCAGAGACUGUCGUUCACACCAGCUGAGACUACUGGUAUGAAUAGCAUGAAGAAUAAAUACUAUAAGGUUUGAAUUUACUUUUAAAUGCCCCUGAGGAUGCCUUGGACAAUAAAUUAAGCAUAUCCUGCAGUGUUCAAAGAAGACUGAAUAGGGUGAACUUUGAUUAUUAAGGUAAACAAGAAAAGUCGCAGCUGUUUAGCCUGAACCAGUGUAUAGAGCUUAAAACUGUCUUUGAAGUUGUUAAGUUCUAACUAAAACCAACAUUUACCUUUAACUGCUUUUGGACUUCAUGAUAUCAGGACUAUAUUCUGCUUUUCUUGCAGAGAAUUCAAGAAUUCAUUAACUGCAUUCUGAGUUGAGUGAAAAGCAGGUGGCACCACACAUGCUUAUUUUCAGCAUUCAGCAGGCAUCAAUGGCAGCAAAUGGCACUAAACAUCUGACUCUCAAUCAGACGCCCGAAACUUUAACAACUUUUUUUUUUAUCCAACAUAUGUUUACAUUUUAACCCAAACCAGCCAAUACUCUUUAACUAUCAUGUAAGCAGCCUUAUCUGGUUAUCUUAAUCAGGAUAUGGUUAAAAUCAAAGUCAUUAAGCCCUUAUUGAAAGUUUUAUUUGGUUAAAGGCAGAUUUCUUUCAAAGCUCCGUUCACCCAAAACUCACGGCUAAUGCUAUUUAGGCAUGCCAUAGUUUUAGUUGUAAAAAAAGGAAUGACGUGUCCCUCCAAAAACAAUGUGCUUUGUGCUCUCAAUUUUCCAGGAAGCUCACUGACAAUAGUUUUAGGGAAAGUUUCAUAGACAGAAAAUUGUACAAAUGGGAUAAGUGCAAAAUGUGAUUUGUCUUAACUGACCCCAUUAAUUCCGUCUUGUGUGCCAAAGGUCACCAGACACAUUAAGGCCUUCAGUCACCCCUUAGACAUGAAGGGAAGAUGAAGUGAGGAAACAUAAAGCUUUCCUCUUUCCAGACCUUGAGGCACAAAUUGCGCCAUGGUGACUCAACAUUAGGGACAAUACCUAUAAAUCUUAUUUUCAGUCUCGCAUUUAAGACAAAAUGAAAAUAAAGCCAGAGAAGCACAGAGAAACUGCACACCACUUCGGUGUGCAGCAGCCAUUUGGCUUCCUACGUUAAGUAAGCAUUAAUGUGUUUGAGAGUGUGAUUUAUUUGUGUGGGAUGAGACAAGUGUGUGAGUCCAUUCAGUAUGCAGGACCACCUGUCUGAUUCCCCAGCAUACAGGCUACAGUGCAGCUCAGAUUCCAGUCAACAGUUCAAGUACAGCCUGAUGAUAAUAAAACCUAUUUCCUUAUUCUGUUAUUCCCUUACCCCUCUAUUCCAUGGCUCACCCUCAGGCAUUCAGUCAUAUUAUUAAUCCAGUCCUGAUUGCUGUGGUUCCCUGAACCUGAAAUGCCAACCAGUGAGAACGGAUUUGAAAAUGUUAUUUAUACACAAAGCAGAUGGGUCCUCAAAGGGCAAAUAUGUAAUUUGUUAACUUCUCUGGAUGUGGUCCCCCACCUGCCAGCUGCUUCAGAUGAAAUGGGGGGAAAAGAAAAACUGGUUUGAUGUCAAAAAGGAGAGAUGUGAAUUAGAAUAUUUAAUCAUGUUUUAUAUAUAGUGCCCUGCACUCUGCAAGGAGUUAAUCUUCUGCAUGAAAAUAAAUAUUAUAUAUUAUAUAAUCAUUUCAAUUCUCUCAUCUAAUUAUUUUGUUGUUGGUUAUUACUAUGUGGAUGUCCUCAUCCUUAACCAACACUGUUAUUCUAUUAAAGACUUAAAAGUCAGAGUGACAGAUAA